CUCGAAAAUACCUCCAGGGAUAGUCAUUGUUCGCUCAGCAUGCGAGCAUUCUGCUCACUCUUGGUCCUUGCCGCCGUUCCAGCGGCCCUCGCGUUCAAGAGUCAAGACUUUAAGACAUGUUCUCAAUCUGGCUUCUGUCGACGUGGACGCGCACUCUCUGCUAGGGCCGCCGAGAAUCCCUCCUGGAAAUCACCCUACUCUGUAGACGCAUCUAGCGUUGCUCUCUCAUCCGACCAGGCGUCCUUCACCGCCGCGGUCAAGUCAUCCAUCUAUCCCGACGUCAAGUUCAGUCUCGAUGUCCGGAUACACGACGACGGGGUGGUGCGCGUGCGGAUGGACGAGGUGGACGGUCUCCGGAAACACUACGACGAGGCGGCGUCGUGGGCGUUGUUGGACGAGCCGAAGGUCAGUCAACAGGUGCAGUGGAAGGUCGGGAAGGAUGGUGUCAGUGCGGUGUACGGCGCGAAGAAAGACGUCGAGGUCAAGGUCGCGUUCGAGCCUCUCAAGGUUACGCUGCUUCGAAACGGGAAGGAACAAAUCGUGCUCAACAACCGCGGCCUGUUGCACAUGGAGCAUUUCCGGACCAAGGAGUCCGUGGCGAAGGGCAAGGAGGGUAUCGCGGUCCCCGAAGAGGGUUUAGACAUCGACGACGACGCACAGGUAGUGCUCGGUGCCCACCCACGGACCGCCUGGUUCGAGGGGGAACAGGAGGAUGGCUGGUGGGAGGAGACUUUCAACUCGUUUACGGAUCCUAAACCUAGAGGUCCCGAGUCUCUGUCUGUUGACAUCGACUUCCCGAACCACGGUCACGUCUACGGUAUCCCACAACAUGCAACGCGCCUCGACCUCCCGACAACCACCGGCGAGAACGCGCACUACUCGGACCCCUACCGGCUGUACAACGCCGAUGUGUUCGAGUAUCUCGCGGACUCGACCACGUCGCUUUACGGUUCGAUCCCCUUCAUGCACGCGCAUUCGGCGGACUCGACCGUCGCUAUCUUCAACGCGGUCGGUUCGGACACGUUCAUCGACAUUGGCCACCCCACUGCCAAGUCCUCGACGUCGCACUGGAUCUCGGAGACGGGCAUCCUGGACGUGUUCAUCUUGCCUGGUCCCACGCCCGCCGAAGUGUUCGCGCAGUACACCAGUCUGACGGGUACGCCUGCGCUCCCCGCGCACUGGGCUUUGGGCUACCACCAGUGCCGCUGGAACUACGUGAGCUCGGACGAUGUGCGCACUGUGCAGAAGCGCUUCGACGAGGAGGACAUUCCCGUUGACGUGUUCUGGCUGGACAUCGAGUACUCGGAGGAGCACAAGUACUUUAUCUGGGACAGGAAGCACUUCCCUGACCCGGUCGACAUGAUCAAGGACGUCGAGGCGAUCGGGCGCCACAUGGUGGUGAUCGUCGACCCGCACCUGAAGCGCACGAACGACUACCCGGUGUACAAGCAGGCGACGGAGCUCGGUAUCCUGGUCAAGAAGGGCGACGGGACGACGGACUACGAGGGCUGGUGCUGGAGCGGGAGCAGUGCUUGGGUGGACUUUUUCAACCCGGGCAGCUGGGACUGGUGGAAGUCUCUGUUCAAGACCGAGUCGCAAGGCGAACAGUGGUCGUGGGUUGACAGCACGGUUGACACCGGGAUUUGGAACGACAUGAACGAGCCUUCGAUCUUCAACGGCCCUGAAAUCAGCAUGCCGCGCGAGAACAUCCACUACGGUGGCUGGGAGCAUCGCGAUCUUCACAACAUCAACGGAAUGCUCUUCCACAACCUUACGUCGCAGGCGGCGAUGGCCCGGACGGACCCUCCCAAGCGGCCUUUCGUCCUGACGCGUUCCUUCUACGCUGGAUCUCAGCGUUUUGGCGCGAUGUGGACUGGCGACAACCUCGGCACCUGGGAGCACAUGGCGGUCGGUGUGAAGAUGGUUUUGGCAAACAACAUCGCCGGUUUUAGCUUCGCUGGAUCUGACGUUGGCGGGUUCUUCGGCAACCCCGAGCCGGAGAUGCUCGUGCGGUGGUACGGUGUCGGUAUCUUCUCACCAUUCUUCCGCGCGCACGCGCACAUCGACACGAAGCGCCGAGAGCCGUUUCUGCUGGACGAGCCAUACAAGGGCAUCGUCCGCGACAUGUUGCGUCUGCGGUACGCUAUGCUCCCUGUGUGGUACACUGCGUUCCGGGAGGCGAGCGUGACGGGUUUGCCGGUCGUGCGGCCGCACUUCGUCGUGUUCCCGCAGGAUGAGAACGGGUUCUCUCUCGAUGACCAGUUCUUUGUGGGCGGCUCUGGCUUGUUGGUCAAGCCCGUGACUCGCAAGGGUGCCACUGAGGAGACUGUGUACCUUCCCGCCGAGGACCAGGUGUAUUACGACUAUUUCAACGACUAUGCUUACCGCAGCACCAGCUCCAAGGGCAAGGAAAUCACCGUCUCCGCUGAGCUUCAUCAGAUCCCCCUGUUCAUCCGCGGCGGCUCGAUCAUCCCGACCCGCGAGCGUCCCCGUCGCUCGUCGCCUCUGAUGAAGCGCGACCCCUUCACGCUCCGCGUCGCGCUCAGCUCUGAUGGCAGUGCCCGCGGUGAGCUCUACCUCGACGACGGCGAAACGUUCUCGCACCAGCAGGGCCAGUUCGUGUGGCGCGAGUUUGCUGCGGAGAAGCCGACGAAGAAGAGCAAGGGUGUCCGGAUCAGCAGCCGUGACCUCGCAGCGCAGAAACCCGCGGAGGCGGUCGACCACGUCGCGCUCACUACGUACGACAGCAGCAACGCCUUUGCGAAGGACAUCGCCGAUGUGCGGGUCGAGAAGAUCGUCGUCCUGGGCUUACCUGCGAAGCCAUCGAGCGUCACCAUCGAAGGCGGCAAGGAGCUCCGGUGGACAUACACCCCUGGGGUUGCGUCUUCGGACAAGAAGGAGGGCACGGCGAGUGUUCUUGUCAUCAGGGACCCCAAGCUCGCGAUUACGGGCGACUGGAGCAUCCUGGUGCAGGCUUGAAUGCCUUACUAUGUACCGCUGAUACAGCAUGCUUAUAUUCCGAUGAAUUCUGGAUGUGUUAUAUAAUCUCAUCGCUUUGCGAGCUC